AGUGGCAUUGCCUAAUUACAGUGGGAAACUCUGCAGUUCAUUUAAAGUUGACAUAACAAAGCAUUUCAGGUAAUUUUUCAACCAUAACUUUCGAAAUUUAAAAUUUAAUUAAAUUCUUAAUAGUUUCAAAUGAGAAAUGAGAUUGUUUAAUAGUUUUAAGUAUCAAUUUUUCUCACUUAAACAAUGAUACCUCGUGCUUAUUUUUAAAAAAAAAACACAUUUUUUACACUCUUCCUUCUGUUUUAUGUCUUGCUCUCUUAAUUUUUUUUGGAGCACUUAAAAAAAUAUAAACUUUAAAAAAAGUUAUUUGGCUAUGUGAAAAUCCGGCCUUAGCACGUGCUUCUGUUAAGUCUUUCUAGUAUCACGUGGUCAGUGCUCUAUUUCUUUUCUUUCUUUUUUUAUUAAUCAUUAAAGAGUUGUCGAAAGAUCUUAUAAAAAAUUAGAAACAAAAAUUUAACGACAGCUAGUUUCUUAGAAAGGUACAGAUUUUUCCCACACAAUACAGUUCAAAAAGUAUUAGGUUAGAGAAGUGCGAGGCUUGUAGGAUAACUUUAAAGUUGAAAAUAUACGUUUAUUCCUAUGUAGGAAUGUACACAUAAUUUUAAGAUUAUUGCUUUAACAGUUUCAAUUAAGCUUACAGGUAGCUAAAUAUAAUGCCUGGCACGAAGACCAUUUCAAACUCAAAAGUAAGAAGUAAGUAAGGAAUGCUUUGAAACGCAGCACAUGUUUUUUUCUUUUCAUUACAUCAUAUUCACUAAUUCAUUUAAAGCUCGUGAUAGAGGAUUAGCAGAAGAGGAUAGAAAGAUUUCUUAUUUAGAAAAUAUCCGACUUAAAAAAUCUCUAGUGUCUAAAAGGGAUUCUCUGGCUGAGAAAUGUACAGAAGGUAAUAGAUCACCGAAAUUAGAAACUCUUGAAAGGCCUGAUAAAUCUAAAAGUAGCAGAUCACCUAAAUUGGAGAAUCUUGAAAAUUUAGAAAAAUCUGAAGAAAUUUAUAGAACUUCAAAGUCAGAUAAAUGUAGAGGACAUGGAUUAUCAAAAUUGGCAGAUCUGGAAAUAUCUCCUAAGUUAAAAGAAAGCCAAAGGCUAUCAAAAUUUGAAAGUCCUCAAAAAUCCGAAGAAAGCUAUAGAUCAUCAAAAUUAGAGCGUCCUGAAAAGUCUAAUAAACCUUGUAGGUUACCAAUAUUGACAAAGUUUGAAAAAUAUAAAAAAGUCAGUAGAUCAUCAGAGUUAGGUUGUCUUGAUGAUUCCAUUGGAAGUAGUAAAUCUUCAAGAUUGAAAAGUCCUGAUAAAUCUGAGAAAAGAGAAGAUAAGGAUACAGCUGAAAUGAUUGGAAUGAGUGAAAAGGAACGGAGAUCCCCUAAACAAGCAACACAAGAAAACUCUGAUAAAAUUGAAAAGCUUCCAAACAAGUUAUGUCAUUCAAAUGAAGUAUCCAUUAAAGAUUUGAAAAAAGGGCAAAACCUAGUAGGAAAAUCUUUAAACAAAGUAAAAUGUACAGAUACGAAGACUGUUUCAAACUCCGAAAUUGAUGAUGAAAAUAGAUUCAAAACUGAUUGUAGUGAUGAUGAAAACUUUCUCGAUUUUUCAGUUGGAAUUAUUGAUCAUCAUUAUGACUCUUCUGACGAAGAUGAUGCAAAGAGACUGUCAGGAGAAUGUGAGAAUGAAGAUAAAGACGAAGAUGGAGAUGAAGAAGAAUAUGAGUAUGAAUACGAAUAUGUAGAAGAGGAACAGGAAGAGGAAGAAUAUGAGGAAGAAUAUGAGGAAGAAUAUGAGGAAGAAUAUGAGGAAGAAUAUGAGGAAGAAUAUGAGGAAGAAUAUGAAGAUGAAGAUGGAAAAUAUGAAGAGGAUGACGAAGAGGUAGAGCAAGAGGAAGUACAAGAGUUAGAGGAGCUUGUGGAAAUAGUGGAAGAAGAGGAACUAGAUGAGACAGAAGAGGAAGAAGAGGACGAAGAGAAACGAAAGGAGAUGGAUGAAAAUGCUCUUGAAAUGAAUUUUUCAGAUUCCUCAACCAAUUACUAUUCCAAUAUGGCUCCAAAUAUUUCUGAAAAUGAUGAUAAUGUGGCACAUAUACCAAGAUAUCGUAUGAAGUUACAGGAAAAAGAUGUCAAUGACAAUCAGUUUAAAAGUGACAAAUGCUCAAACUCUAAAGGUCAGAAUGAAGAGAAAUAUGAUUCAUCCAGAUCUCCAUCCAAGAAUGAUGAAGGGAACGAAGAUUGUUCGAAAUCCAAUGAUGACAAAAAAUCGAAUAAUGAGUUAACUAGAGAAAAGGCAGAACAAUCUGACGCCUCUGACGAUUCUUGGACAGUAACAGAGACUCAAAAUGAUAGAAAAGAGCAGCCUAAAAGAAGUAUUUUAAAAAUAAACAGUCCUAAAGAUGCCGAUAAAAUGAAUGAAGGUGGUGGUUUUGAUAUGAAAGCAAAACUAUAUAAUAAAAAGAGUGGAAAAAAUUUCUGUGAAAAUGAUGAGAAGCAGAAAAGAACCAAAUUUCGCUUCCAAAGCAAAACUCACGAAGGGGACGAUGUGGAAAAGAAGCCUAUGACAUAUGAACCACCGCUAAUUUCUGAGGAGGACUUGUUUAAAGAUUUAAUGAAAAGAGGACGUAAUUUUGAUCAUUACGAAUCAGCUACUAUUUCAGUUAGCGGAGAAAGUGCUCAACAAAUAGAAAUUUGCAAAUUUACUGAUUCUGAUUUAAGCGAAGUUGUCCUGAAUAAUAUCGAAAAGUUGGAUUAUAGAAGACCAACACCAAUUCAAAAAAUUGCUGUACCUCUUAUUCUAACAGGUAGAGACAUGCUUGGGUGUGCUCAAACUGGCUCUGGCAAGACGGCAUCAUUCCUCUUGCCCAUCAUAUCUCAAAUGCUCAAAAAUGGCUUAAAUGGUAGUGAGUUUCAAGAAGUUCAGGCUCCUCAGGCUGUAGUCUUGUGUCCUACAAGAGAACUGAUAAUACAAUUAUACACUGAGGCAAGAAAAUUUUCUAGAGGAACAAGUCUAAAGGCAAAAUUGGCUUAUGGUGGAACAUCGGUGAGAAUAUGUAAAGAACGAAUUAAGAAAGGAACUGACAUGCUUUUAGCAACUCCUGGUAGACUGUUAGACAUUAUCAGUCACGAUUAUCUGACAAUGGAUGAGGUGAAAUAUUUGGUAUUAGAUGAAGCCGAUAGAAUGCUUGAACUUGGUUUUAAAGAAACUCUUGAGGCGAUAUUAUUAAAAAUGCCACCAAAAGAUACUCGACAAACUGUAAUGUUUAGCGCUACUUUUCCAGGAAUUGUAAAAGAAAUGGCACGUCAAUAUCUACAACCAAAUCACGUCUUUGCUUCAGUUGGUACUGUUGGAGGUGCUUGUAAUUUAAUUCAUCAAAGAGUCAUCGAGGUAACUCAAGCAGAAAAGAGAAAGGAGCUAUGUAACAUUUUGGCUGAACGAGAUCCAGAGGACAAGAUAUUGGUUUUUGUCAAAACAAAGAGAAAUGCUGAUUUCUUAGCAUCUCUAUUAUCUCAAAAAGAUUUUCCGGCUACCUCAAUCCAUGGUGACAGGGAACAGGCGCAGAGAGAGGAAGCUCUUCGAAAGUUCAGAAGUGGAAACUGUGCAAUAUUGAUUGCUACAUCUUUAGCGGCGAGAGGCUUAGAUAUUCCAGGCGUUUCCCAUGUAAUAAAUUUCGACCUUCCUGAAGAUGUAGAUGAAUAUGUACACAGAAUCGGAAGGACCGGACGAUGCGGAAAUACUGGGCGAGCUACGAGCUUUUACUGUCCAGACAACGACAUGAAAUUAGCUUCUGACCUUGUUGAUAUUCUAAAGAAUGUUGGCCAGGAAAUCCCGCCAUUUUUGACUGGUUUACAAGACAAGACUGUUGAUACUGUUGAAGGUUUUUCGGUCACAAAAGAUAGGAAGAAGAAGUUAACAACAGGUGAUGAUUUUUGUUCAAAGAAAGCUUAUGAAGACGAAGAGGAGGAUGACGAUGAUUGGGGUCGUUUUUAG